AUGUCCGAACCAAUACCUUUAGAAGACUUGAAAGGGUUCAACAAACAACCGCUAGAAGACUUGCGACACGGGUUGGACGCCAAGCUUUAUCCGACGCCCAAGUACGUCUUACGUCGAUUGGUGAUCAAUUUACUAGUGGAAACUGUGUUGUCUGUGGCCGUGUAUAAUAUUUAUGAUGAUUUAUCCACCUACUACCAAUUGUUGGGACCCGCCCUUCUUGGUGGCUCCACCGCCAUGUUGGCCCAGUCCAUUACCCAGUUUGUGCGGAGGAAACUUAGUUACAACAAGAUCUGCAAGUUCUUGGUCUGGGGUAUAAUCAACGGCUCAUUUACGGUUUUAUGGUACAACAUGUUAUUGGAACGUGUAGACGAUUUGAUUUACCAAAUUGUCGUUGAUCAGAUGGUAGGGCAGCCAUUCUUCCAAUUGAUAUUCAAUGUCUUGAGUGCCUUGUGGGAUCAUGGAGAAAUCACUGCCAAUACCAGGACAAUAUACCUCAAGUCAUUGAAAGUUUCAUACUGCUUCUGGCCGUUCUUUUCCAUUCUUGUAUUUGCAUUCAUCCCCCCCUCGUUGAUGUUCCCAUCGACAUGUUUGGCCAACUUACUAUGGAACUUGGUGCUCUCAAAGUUGGGAUAG